AUGCCGGCGCUGCUGGCCGCCGCCUGGGCCCUGCUGGCCGCCGCCUUCCUGGCGGCGCUGCUGCUGUGGCAGGCCGCGGCGCGGCGGCGGUGCGAUGGCGGCGGCGUCUCCGGGCUCUUGCAGGAUCUCAUCCGCUACGGAAAGACGAAGCGCGGCGGGGGGCGGCAGCCGGGCUGGCUGCGCCGCCUCCAGCUGCCCAAGAGGUGGUUCACUCACUUCUAUGUGGUUUCUGUGCUCUGGAAUGGCUUUCUGCUGGUCAGGCUUUUCCAAGCAGAGUUCCUCAGAGGAUCUCUCCCAUCAUGGAUCCAGCACAUGCAGCACACUCUUGGCAGGGAUUCUCAGAGUGAGGACAUGGAUAGUGAGCACUGCUCUGUGCUGCUUGCUCUGCUGCUGCUUUGGCUGCACAGCUGUCGAAGGCUGGCGGAGUGCCUCUGGACCAGCGUCUUCUCCGACGGCGUCAUUCACAUCCUGCAGUACUGCUUUGGCCUUGGCUACUACAUUGGCCUUGGCUCAACUCUGCUGUGCCAGCUGCCUGCCAGCACUGGGAAAGGAAAAGAGCUUUCUGUCCACGUCUGCUGGUACCACGUUGUAGGAGUCACCAUGUACACUUGGGCCUCUCUUCACCAGCACAGAUGUCUUGUGAUUCUGGCUAAGCUUAGGAGAAGUAAAUCAGGAAGCGUGGUCAGCCUGAGCCACAGUGUGCCGUAUGGGGACUGGUUUGAGAGAGUCUCCUGCCCUCAUUAUCUUGCAGAGCUCCUCAUCUACAUCUCCCUGGCCAUCGUGCUGGGGCUUCACAAUGUCACCUGGUGGUGUGUAGUGAUGUAUGUUGUGUUUAACCAGGCCUUGGCUGCUGCUCUCUGCCACGAGUUCUACCAGGAGAACUUCAGCUCCUACCCAAAGCAUCGCAAAGCCUUCAUACCAUUGGUUUUCUAGAACAGGGCAAGCCAGGAAAUGCCUUCUGUAAGGGAAGGAGAGAUCUGCACUUUAAUCAAGUAAAAAUCUCUCAUCUUCUCUGAUUCUGGCUCAAAAGCUCAUAAAUGUCAUCUUGUCCCUGUGAUCUCUCCAAGGAGAUGUUCUUGUGGCCUUCCGGUAGCUGAAGGGGGCUACAAGAAAGCUGGGAGGGGACCUGGGAGGUGGUGGAGUCCCCCAUAGAAUGGUUUAGGUUGGAAGGGACCUCAAGGAUCAGCCCAGAACUGGACACAGCACUCAAGGGGUGGCCUGAGCAGUGCUGAGCACAGGGGCACAAGAACCUCCCUUGUCCUGCUGCCCACACUGCUCCUGAGCCAGCCCAGGAUGCCAUUGGCUCUGCUGCCCACCUGGGCACUGCUGCCUCCUCUUCACCUCCUCUCUGCCAGCACCCCCAUACAAGCUAAAAUCACAAAGGUUUACUGAAGACCUUAAUUCAAACUGAAGAGCUGCUAAUUGGCUCUUCUCUGUUUAGUUGUAUCUUAGGCAUGAGACACUUGCUGUUGUGCAGCAAGCCUGACUGCACAGGUGUGAAAACUGCCUAGUGAGAGUGGAAGGAAUCAUUUGAACUGAUUUAUUUGAUGCCUUCUCUAAUGUUUAAGGUGAGUUUUGUUUGGUUGUUCUUUCUCUUUUCUUUGAAUCACUUCAGAGGGAGGCAGAUUUCUCUGCCUGCCCAUUGAGAAUUCAAACCAGCCACUGCUUUAUAGCUGCAAGCAUGAGAACUGGUGGAGAAAGCUGUGCUGGAGGAAUGAGUCAUGCUCAGCAGUGGAGGUAAACAGAGCCAUUCUCUGCGUUAUCUCUCUUGCACUGAGGUGGUUUUCACUCGUUGCUGAAAGCUCAUUGUUUAUCCUUUAGAAGUGGGAAGUGCUGGAAGGUUCUCUGUCCAGAGGGACAGCAGAAGAGCAUUUGCACUAAAUUAACGUUGGUUAUGGCUGAGUCAUCUGUCAUCCGUUAAUGAGGGUAAUUGGAGGGGGCAGGUACACAGGAUGCCUGUAACCAGGACUGCCCUGGGCUUUUAGUAGCCUGUUGGAAGCUCAUGUAGUGAACAGCCAGGCAGAGAACACACAGGAACCAGUAGCUGAUGAGUGUAGAGGCACCCAAGUCACCUGGGCAGGGACUGGCUUGGAAGCAGCCCUGAGGAGAGGCACUUGGUGGUGCUGCUGGAGGAGAAGCUGAGUAUGGGCUCUCAGUGUGCUCUGGCAGCCCAGGGAGCAAACAGAGCCUGGGCUGCAGCAGGAGCAGUGUGGGCAGCAGGGCCAGGGAAGAGAUCCUGCCCCUCUGCUGUGCUCUGCUGAGACCUCACCUGCAGUACUGCAUCCAGUGCUGGAGUCUCUGGGACAAGAGGGACAUGUAGGGGCUGGAAGGUGUCCAGAGAAGGGCCACGAGGAUGAGCAGAGGGCUGGAGGUGCUCUGCUGUGAGGAGAGACUGAGGAGUUGGGGCUGUGCAGUAUGGAGAGGAGAAGGCUGCCAGGGGACCUUCUUGUGGCCUUCCAGGAUCUGAAGGGGGCUACAAGAAAGCUGGGGAGGGACUUUUGAGGCAGUCAGGGAGAGACAGGACUGAGGGGAAUGGAACCAAGCUAGAAAUGGGGAGAUUCAGCCUGGAGGUUAGGAAGAAGUUAUUCAGCAUGAGGGUGGUGAGAGCCUGGCAGGGGUUGCCCAGGGAGGUGGUGGAGGUGUCCCUGCCCAUGGCAGGGGGUUGGAACUGGCUGAUCCUUGUGGUCCCUUCCAACCCUGACUGAUUCUAUGACUAAAGUUCUUUACUGGGGAGGUGAUGUCACUCAGCACUGAGGGCUUUUAUACUUAACCAUUGAAUAUUUUGGUCUUCUUCAUGGUGCUGGAAUGAGUCAGGCUUACAUGAUGCAGCAUAUGGAUGCUGCUUUCCACUUAGAUGCAGAUACUAUUUUGUAUGUGAAAUGCAUUUGAUAUGUGUCUUAUGAGUUAUCUCAUUAAAAGAGUUUAUUAACA